AUGUCUCCAGGAAUGGCCAGAUCCUGUAGAAAGCUUGUUUAUUUAAACCUGGGGAUCAAGGUUAUUGGAUAUAAACCCCUUGGGAAGAUCCACCAGGCUGCCAAAAAUUGUGAAUUGGAAAGAAUUGAACAUUAUCUGGGACAUGGAUAUCAUAUUGAUGACACCGACCAAAAAAAUAGAAUCCCUCUACAUUAUGCCUGUGCCUAUGGAAAUCCAGCAGUGGUGGCUCUUCUAGUGAAGAGGAAAUGCAGUGUCGACCUGUAUGACAGUGAUGGCAACACACUGUUGAUGAAGGUAGAUGUAGCCAAUGGUUUUGCAGCCGUACAAUACGAGGAAGAGGAAUGUGCAAUUAUUCUUCUAGAAAACGGUGCCAAUCCAAAUGUUCACAACAACAAGGGUGAAACUCCUCUCCACUGUGCUAUGUUUUAUAGGAACACAUCAAUAGCAACAAAACUGCUUUCAUUCAACGCAGAUAUUGAAGCCAAGAACACGAGUGGACAAACACCACUUUUAUUCGCCCUAAAGAAAAACAGACAGAUGAUGGUAGAAUUUUUUAUUAAGAAUAAAGCAAACAUACAUGCAGUUGAUGAUAAGGGACGAACAGCCCUCAUGUUUGCUGUGGAGCAUAAGUCAACACAAAUAGUUGAACUGCUUCUUCAACGAGGUGUUAAUGUGUCUGCUUCAGAUAACUAUGGACAGAUUGCCUUGUCUUAUGCCAUUGCUAGUGGUAAUACUGU